AUGAAUUACGAGCAGUGCAAGAGUGAGUUGGGAGAGAAGGCGAUGAUGAUGAAUGAAGGUGUGAAAUCUCUCUGCCAUGGAGUUUUGGAGGAUAUGAUCAACUUUCGCUGUGGGUGGCACCCCAUGGACUUCAGGACCGUCAAAUCGAAGCUCGACAACGAUUCGUACUCUACGGUCGACCGGUUCGCCGAUGAUUUGAGGCUCACGUUCUCAAAGGCCAUUAGAAACAACCCUCCUUCCCACCUUAAUCAUCGAAUAGCCAAGGAGAUGAGGCAAGUAUUCGACUACGAGAUGAAGCUUUUACGACGAACCUACUCCGUUAUCGACUGGUCUACAAAGAAGAGGAAGAGGGAACAAGACUCUGGAGCUUUGAUGGACGAUGAUAAGGAUCAGAAGGAAAAAGAUUCCUGUUGCGCAAAGAAAGUGAUGUCGUCUUCGGGUAUUGUUAUAACCGGUAUCGACAAAAAGGGGUUGGGGAGAAGAGCAAGUGAAGACGUUGGAGCAGAACGUGAAAGCACCAAUAGAUCAGUUUUGAGGAGCACCAAGAAGUUCGAAGCUGGCGAUGAUGAUGAUGAUAAAAAGGUUAAUAAUGACAUGAAGGCUGAUGGUGAUCAGGUCCAACCGAUCUCAGUGGAGAAAGCUCUCCGAAUAGAAGCCCAAAAACGUCGCUUCGCAGAAACCAUAUUGAGAGCGGAGCAGAAGAUGGUGGAGUGCAAAAAGGAUCCGGAUUGCUGUCGCCGUUAUUACUCGUCGGCCGAAACUCAGAAAGGUUGCUUUGCAGAACUCAUAUUGAGAGCCAAGCAGAAGAUGGUGGAAUGCAAAAAAGAUCGGCGUCCUUAUGAGAAGGAACGAGAAAGAGCUCGGAUGGCUCUUCUACAGAUGGAAAAGAGUGUUGAAAUUGAUCAAAACCAAGAAACCGAAAGAGAGCUUGAGAGACUAUGCGGUGGGCCAUUUGAUAGUUUUGGCUCGUUUCUUAAUCCUGAUUCUUAUGUCUUUGAAGAGGAUGAAGAUGACUUGCAUUGGAUCACUGAAGAUUUGGAGGAAGGAGAAAUCUUGCAAUGUUGA